AUGAAGGCUGAAAUAAAGCAAGUUGGCACUCAACAGUUUGGGCAGGCCAAGAAAGAACCCAAGGCCAGUGAUGGUGGAGCCAAAGCUCCAGCAUCUAAGGCAGCCCCAAAGAAGGCUGCACCAAAGCCUCAGGCACCCAAGAAAAAGAUGUGGGAUAAGCCAGUUGGCCAAGGUAGUAUGCCCACUCCAUUCGCAUCCAAGUUUGAAUCCCCUUUAGAUUAA